UGCCUGCCCAACCCCAGCGCGACGGAUAAGCACACCCAACGACCUCCCGCGUUUCAUGUCUGUGCGACAGAAGUCGCCCUUGUGAUUUAUUUAUUUUUCCAGGAGAAAAAGUAAAAUAAAAGAAGGGCCAUACUCAUAUUCAAAUGGGUCUUCUAUGCUUCGACUUCAGGAGCGACAAUGAUAGUCAAACGCAGGCCCAAUGCAGAUAUCAGAAAAAAAAAAGGAAAAGUAACGGUCGAGACCUGGUAUGCUCGUGCGUCAAAUCGGCCAAGAAUAGAUCAACGAAAGAGAGAAAAGAAAGACUGACGAAAGCAGGGACCGGUGCUGUAUCAUCGAGAAUAAACGGGAUCCGAAAAAGGGUGCAAUAAUGGUAAGGAACAUCACGAGGACACGAAACUGUAUG